AUGAAGGCGCGUACGCUGGUCCUGCUGGCGUGGGCGCUCCUCUGCAUGUGCAGGAGGGGUGGAAGCAUCGGAAGGGUCAGAUGUGUCAAACAUGUCAGACGUGUCAGUCGUGCCAUACGUGCCAUACGUGGUAACUGCACUGGUUGCGGUGACGUAUCACCCAGGAAACCUCGGCGGGGGUUCAUUCCCGUGGGGAAGAAUUCCAAAGGGAGCUACGCAAAGGAGGGAUUCCCUUACCGACGCCACCCCCAAAGGAACCGCCUGAACCACGCCAGCGCAGGUGAAGGGUUUUCAAACACCAUUCACCAUGACGUGAAAAAGAACACACAAAACUACGAAGAAGAUGGCCCACCCGCAUCCUUCCACAGAUAUAUCGAAAACAUUAAGACAAGAAAAAUAAUCCACCCAAGUAUACGAAUAACCGACUUUGACAAAAAAUUCAUGAGAUGCAAAGAAAGUUACAACGGGAGGUACUCUCACCUGAAGGACAGCGAAUUGUUUGGAAGCUUCCGCUUUGUGGGGAGACAAAAAAAAGGGAUCAUGUCUCCUAAGUAUUAUCUACCCAAGUAUGUAGAGAGACCCAAUUACCACCGAACAGGUACACCUGUAUAUGUACCAUACGGGGGUGAAAACCAAGUUGCUGACAACACCAAAGGGAGGAAAUCCCCCCACCCGUAUAGCAACGUCAAAAGUGAGGAAGACAUUGAAACAAUUAGGAGCAAUUGUCUGUUCGCUAGAGAACUAAUGGAUGACGUGUCACACAUCAUAUGCGAAGGAGUAACGACAAACGAUAUAGACAUAUACCUCCUAAAUAAGUGCAUAAAUAAUGGGUACUAUCCCUCUCCCCUGAAUUAUCAUCUAUUCCCCAAAAGUUCGUGCAUAUCCAUUAAUGAGAUACUUUGCCAUGGAAUCCCAGACAAUAACGUCCUCUACGAAAACGACAUCGUGAAGGUAGACAUCAGCGUUUUCAAAGACGGAUUCCACGCAGACAUGUGUGAAAGUUUCCUCGUUCCUAAAUUGUCAAAAAAUGAGAAAAAAAAAAGAAAAAAAUUUUACGAUUUUAUAUACUUAAAUGAUAAGCUACGGACGAAACAUACCAAGUUCAUUUUAAAAUACAACUUCGACCUGACGACAAACAAAGUGGUAAAAACUGGCAAGCAGUGCUCCAUAAGAAGGAUCAGAUACGACCCACCCAACUCGAAGGAUCGUCCCUGUGAGGAAUACCACUCCUACGAUGAUAAUACGAAUGCAGUCUUCCCCAACGGCGACUUCGGUGGGGACGCAAUCCAGCACGCAACCAUGCAAGAUGGGGAUUAUUACAACGCUGCGAAUGGACCAGCCCACCCGUCGGGAAAUGAGCUCCAGCGGGACGACCUGGACGAGCUGGAACUGUUCCACCGGCAGUACGACGAGCAGGUCAUCUACAACAAGAGCCAAAGCAGCAAAACCUACGAUGACCUCCAGAGGUACAUAUAUAGCAAAACCAGGGGGUCCCAAAAGGACCAAAGCAGUCGAAACAGGUUCGCCUUUUUCGAAAAAAAGAAGGUUGACGCAGACGAAUUCAAAACGUACAUGCGUAAAAAAAACAUCGAUCUCAUAAGAACAGCGCAUGAGUGCACCAUGGAAGCCAUCCGGGUUUGUAAGGCAGGUGCCCCUUUCAGUGCCAUAGGGGAUGCAAUAGCCAACCACCUAGACAAGAUAAAUAAUCGCCACCAAGUGCAUUAUGCAGUCGUCCCCCAUUUGUGUGGACAUAACAUUGGAAAAAAUUUCCACGAAGAACCUUUUAUUAUUCAUACGAGAAAUAACGAUGACAGACGGAUGUGUGAAAAUCUCGUCUUUACCAUUGAACCCAUUAUAUCUGAGCGACCCUGUGACUUUAUCAUGUGGCCAGACAACUGGACUCUGUCCAAUGCAAGGUAUGUCUUCUCCGCUCAGUUCGAGCAUACCAUCGUUGUGCGUAAGGACGGCGCGGAAAUCCUCACGGGCAAAACGGACGGCUCUCCAAAGUUCGUUUGGGAAAGUGAAGAGAUGUAG